AUAUCAUGCAGCGCUCUUUGCACUCUUGAGGCGCUAUCAGACACAGAAAGGUGACCCAUAUAUCAAGAGAUCCCAACACGAUAGACUCUACAACAAUUCGACAGCCCCCUCGUACUUCGCCUUCUUCUUUGUCUUUUCGAUACACGGUCCUCGCCCGAGCCAUCACGGAGAGAUAUCGAGCAGCCAUCACGGAAAGAUAUCGAGACAACCUCCCAAACGAAGGCCACAUUUGGGUUGAUCAUCGCUGUCAUGUACAACGUCAACCACUCCGGCUACGACAGCCAGCAUCACCCCACCGACGUUCCGGACACGCAACUUCCCAAAGCGCUCUCAUCCUACUACCCGCCUCGCUCAAGGUCAAUCACUCCCUCGUACUCCCCGUCUCCGGAUGGCGAGCAAUGGAGUACGCCUUACGUCAACUCUGGCUCUGACGCACAGUUAGCCGAUUUGCGAUACUCUGUGCCUAUGCCUGAACCCAGGUUCUCUCACACGUCAAAUUCGGGCUCGUCUAUCGUAGAAUCAACGUCGAACGACUAUGAUUCGCACGCAAGAAAUCCUCUUGUGGAUCUCAUUGAGAGUGAGAAAGUCUACGUGGACCGCCUAGGUUUGACCAUACGCGUGAGCUACAACAAGAAGCCCAUGUGCUCUUGUGGAAUGUCUGUCAACUGACAUUGGCACUAACACAGCGUGCGGCUGGAGCAUGGUCAAAGAAGAAUUUCCCGCCCCCUAAGCUUGACGCUAUGUUCAGGUGUAUUGAGGCUUGUUAUAGAGCAAACAAAGGUUUUGGACAGAAGCUGAAAGACAUCGGACACAAUCCAUCAAACCCCAAGGCUCUUGGCGAUGUUCUUAUGCGCUGGAUUGACGACUUGGAACCUGCGUAUCUCAUGUACACUUCCAAUUUUCUUACUGGAUUCGACACCUACCCACCCGUUAGCGCGAACGCCGCUCUGCCUGGCAUCCUGGAGGAAAUGUCUGCUUCAUCUAUACCCGUUCCACCUCUUGAUAGGUGGACUUUAGACGCGCUGUUCGUUCUUCCUUAUACCCGGUUGCGCUACUAUCGCAAGCUCUACACUCGUCUCUUGCGGAGUACCAAAGAAGGUCGAAAGGAUCAUGGGUUGUUGAUGGUCGCGAACGACAGGCUGGACAAGCUGGUUGAGACUGUGGAGCUGCGACUCGAGAUGGACGUCAGCGACAAAGACGGGGAUGCCAUGUCCCCACAGGACCAGCAACAGAGGGAACUGGGCAGCGUUAUCAGCUCUGCCCGGAACGACGUCUUCGAGUCGCGUAUCAAUGCCUUAUCUCUCAAUGAAGAGAUGAAGGACGACCAAGUCCGAAAAUCUGAUGAACAGGUUGCCGUCCAGUCUCUUCAUCGGCCCGCAGCUGUCCGAAGCACCAGUGUCGAGUAUACAGGCGAGAUGCUUGCAACAGCUUUGUCGGAUCUGGAGUUGAGGAUUAAUACUGAAAGAACUAUUGAUCUGUUCUCGAUGCAAAUAAAGCGUUGUCGUUUACAAAUGCAACCUCCGAACUUGCCUUUUGAGCGCAGCCUUCGCUCUUCACACGACGUUUCGAUACAUUUCACUCCCACGGCAACAGGCCGGCAGAUUGAACAUAAACGGGCACAUAUAUUCAUCCUCAGCGACUUGCUUCUCGUGGCGGAAUGGAUGGAUGCGGCCGUCAAGGCUGCCAAGAUGCAGCAAAUUGCGAAGGAGCAGCCCGAAAGAGUGGGCAAAGGGGGACCCAUGCCGGAGAUGUGGCUGAUUUACCCCCCAUUGGCUGGGAAGCACUUGAUGGUGGCCGAAGGCAAUCAAGCCAAUGUGUUGACUGUAAUGGUUAUGCGCAAAGAGACUUUUGUCAUACACACGGAGUCGGAAAUUGCCAAGGAUCGAAUUAUGAAGGAUCUGAUUGAUUGUACAGAUUAUGCUUUGAGUCAUUCUACGUCAGGCAUCAAUCGCGAGCAAGCGAUGGCUAGCACUGUAUCAACCAUUCCAAACGCUGUCGGCCAUACUUCAUUUCCCUCCCCUUUUCAGAGCGUUGCGUCUUCGUCGACCAAUCCCUGCCCCGAUAGGGUACCCCUGGAUGUGUCUAUCUCUGCAAACCAACUGCCCAGUGUUAAUAUUCGCUCCGAAAAGGAAAUUGAAUGGCCCAGAGAACACCUAUACCAUCCCCAUUCCCAUUCAACCGGGCAGGGCCUCACUACAAUGGUGGCUCUACCUCCGCGUGGCACCAGCCUGCCCGUCCCAGAUCAAGGGCUCCCAGAACUACUUCGACAGAGUUAUAAUCAGGUCAGAAGACCUCUGGUGCCAUCGAGACCCCAUAUACAAACGACCGCAUCGCCACAACAGCCUGGCCCCAUGCCUCUAUCGGGCAACCGCGAUUCGGGCCUCUCUCCUUCGAGCCGUGCGGCUGCUCCUCAACUUUCAGAUCGAAGGGCACCUGCAUCCCAUUCAGCCAUUCCAGGUCUAGUCGCUACUAGCGCCCAUCUCGAUCAGAGUAACGCGCUAUUGCUUCAACAGCAUGCUGUACGGCACCCUUCUGGGCCGAAGCGCCUUGUGGAACCCCCAUCUGCAGUGUUCCAAAACAAUUUUCCUGGCCGCGAUUCCUCUGCCUGGACUGAGUCUUCCGCAGAUGAUGAUACCCCACCCCCUUCGCCGGAGGAAGAAGAACCAAGCACGUUGGCGGGACCUGCUACCGUGUCCGCUCAGAUGAAGUGUAAGGUGUUCAUCAAGCAGUCGCACCAGCAAUGGAAAUCUCUUGGCCCGGGUAAACUCAGGCUGUAUUUCCAGGCGAAAGGCAAUGUCAAGCAGCUGGUUGUGGAAUCUGAUUCCGCAUCGAAGCAGAUGCUCGUCUCCACCAUAGUAUUGACGGACGGGGUAGAAAGGGUGGCCAAGACAGGUGUGGCAGUGGAAAUCUCAAACAGAGGGAAAAGGACUGGGGUAGUCUACAUGAUACAGCUUAGGAACGAGGCUUCUGCGGUUGGUCUGUUUGAGAGUCUACUGGUAGGCAGUGAUCGUGCGGUCGUACGUUGAUCACCUUCGCGCGAUUACAUACUUGAUCGUGACUCAGUCAACCUGGACUGUCGGGGCACGUAGUUGGCUUCUGCAUAUAGACAGCAUCUGUUGGUGAUUUCACCGUUGUGCAUGUAAUAUACGUUGGCCAUUACUGCGCUCAGUCUAUGGCAAAAUGAAUAAGUUGACAAGG